UUUUGAUCAGCAGUCAUGGAGACGACUACAGUUUGUGAGAUGGAGUUGCCGAACAGAAGAAUAGUGGGCGGCAGUGAUUCUCCUGACCUGGACAGCCCGAGUCAGGAGGAGGUUGCAGAGUUUCAUUUAGGUUUGUGCUGCACUGGGGAGGAGAGGGGUGAAACUCCUGGAAGUGAGGACAGCCCCAGUGAGCUGGGGGAGGCAGAGCUUGAUCCUGGAGAAGACGCUAAGCCUGGAGAGGACAAAUCCUUUGGCAAGGAGGUUGUCCUCUUGAUGCAAGCCCUUAACUCUUUAGCCACACCAGAGGAGAAACUAGCUGCUCUGUGCAAGAAAUAUGCAGACUUGCUGGAAGAGAGUCGAGGUAUGCAAAAGCAGCUGAAAGCCCUGCAGAAAAAGCAAUCUCAGAUUGUCAAYGAGAAGAUCCACCUGCAGGGGGAACACAGCAAGGCCAUUCUGGCCCGCAGCAAGCUGGAGAGUCUCUGUCGAGAGCUGCAGAGGCACAACAAAACACUGAAGGAGGAGAAUUCCCAAAGGUCCAGAGAGUAUGAGGAGCAACGCAAGGAAGCCAUGCUUCACUUUCAAAUGACGUUGGGUGACAUUGAAGUGCAGAUGGAACAGCACAGCUCACACAACUCCAAGCUGAGACAAGAGAACAUGGAGCUGGCUGAGAAGCUCAAGAAGCUCAUUGAGCAGUACGAGCUGAGGGAGGAGCACAUAGGCAAAGUGUUGAAGCACAAGGAGCUGCAGCAGCAGCUGAUGGAUGCCAAGCUGCAGAGAAUCACUGAGAUGAUGAAAGAAGUGGAGGAGAAGCAGCAGCGAGAGGGAGAAUUCCUGCUGAAGGAUGCAAUAGAGUCUCGACGCAAGUGUGAAUUGAUGAAGGAGCAGGAAAUACAGCUGAAACAACAGCUCUCUCUGUAUAUGAACAAGUUUGAAGAGUUUCAAACCACUUUGGCCAAAAGCAACGAAGUCUUCACUACUUUUAGACAAGAAAUGGAGAAGAUGACCAAGAAGAUCAAAAAGCUGGAAAAGGAAACGACUCAAUGGAGGACCAAAUGGGAGAGUAACAACCAGGCCCUGCUGCAAAUGGCAGAAGAGAAAACUCUGCGCGACGGCCAUUUUAAAGCCCUUCAGAAGAAGUUGGAGCUGCUGGAGCGAUUGUGCCGAGCUCUGCAGAAGGAGAGGAACGACCUGAGCAACCAGCUCUGCCUGCUGCAGGAGCCGGGGGAUGAAGGGACACCUGCUGCCCCCACCCAGCAGCAGCAGAAGCCCUCAGCCAUGGAGGAGGAGGAGGAGGAAGAUGAAGAGGAGAAAGCAGACUCUGAGGAUUCAGCAGAGAGCGAAGAGCUGGAGACCGGAGGUGUCCACGAAGCUCAGAGGCUGCCUGAAACAGAGCCCUCGCUGGCUGCUGCCGAGCAAACACCGAGCACACAGCAGGACUGAGGAACACCACCUGGUCUGUGUGCAGGUGAGGAAGGUGUGGUGGGAGGGGUGAAAGGACAGAAACAUCUUUAUAAAAAGUGGAGAAUAUUUUUAAAGACUUUUCUUUCCAGGUUCUGAACGAAACCAUAUCUUUUUGUUUAAUGUUUCACUCAAUAAAACGAUUGUAUCACGAUUCUCUUCUAAAACUUUGCCCACAUAAACAUUGGUUUUUAAUAAUCAGGACUUAGUACUCCCCGUUUCUACCGUAACUGCAGUUUCAUACAGUACUUCAUCAAACCAAAACUGUUUUAAGGUCUAAUUAUGCUCUUUGUAUUUUUAUUCUGUAGAGUAAAAUCUGUGUGGAUAUACUUCCAGUUACUAAUAUUUUAUCAGAUCACUGAAAAUGUAAGCUGUCAGAUCCAUCUAACGUAAGUUUKGUUUUUCAUCAGCUGUUUUUCAACGACUCAACCUGUGUGCCCACUAAAACCAUGACACUAAACAAAAACUAAAAAUGAUUAGAAAAAAUUGAAAGAUUCUGCUCUCAAAUUGAAACAUUUCUAAAUAUUUGCUGAUCACCCAGCGGUGCAGAGGAGUCAGCGCCGUGGGCAGAGCGUAGAGGACGAGGCAACAUCUCAGCUCUCCGUUUUACGGGAACGUUGCUGUCCUCAAGUCUUAACUUCAGCUUCAUAUUUGCCUCUAAAGGCGAGUGGUUUGUUGCCCAGUUUUCAAAUCGUUUUCAAUGGAACUCAGGGUCAGUGAUCAUGAAAGUAUUUUUUUUAAUAUAUAUAUAUAUAUAUAUCUUUAAAAUGUACUGUAGGUGUUGGCAGAGCAACCAGUUCAGAAUCAUAAUUUUGUGAUUGUUUUARCUCUUUUCUUCUGUUGUGUGUAGUUUAUUUUUGAGAUAAAGGGAAAAUAAGGAACAAGGUUUUAAAAAAUACAGUUCAAGGCAUAUUAUUGUAAAGUGAACAAAAAGUGAAGUGAGAUGUUCACAGUGAGCUCAUUACGUACAGAGAAAUAAAGUCUUAGACCUUUGUCUCAGAUAAAUUAUAUUAACAGGAUAAUGGAUAGUAAAAAAUGUGAUUUUUGCUUUUUGAAUUUGAUAAAAAUGUUCAUUCCAAUAAUCAGUGAGUAAUAUGGGGGGAUCGUAUUAUAAAGCAAGUUAAUUGUACAUUUUGAACUCAUUGUGUUCGUUUAGACUCGAUAUAGUGAAUGUAAGAAAUACCAGCAGGGUCAGUUCAGCUUCAAGUCUUUUUGUUUUGACUUGUAAAGAGAACUCAAGUCAGUCACUUCUCAUAGUUGCAUCAUUUGCACAUUGUAAUCAUGGUUUUUUUUUUUUCCCUGUCGGAUCUUCAGUUCACUCCAGUAGCUCAUAAUGCAGUUCUGUUAGGUAACUUACCUGUUCUCUUAAAGAUAGCACUUACUUCCCAAAGGAGAUCCUGUAAUCUCAAAUUCCUGUAAUUUCAUUUUUCACAUUUUYUUUGUCCUACACAAGACUGAUCUGAGAUCAACACUUAACCUUUUUUAUCAUCUUGUUGCCAGUUAAGAGGUCAAAGAUCAGAUAUUUUGGUUUUGAGUCACGUCACUGAUGGUUUCAUUCUAGACUGUGCCUGUUGGGGGAAAAACUGAAUGUGUGAAAUGUGAUUUUGUUGUGACCAUGUCUGGCCUUUCUAACUUGGUCCUCACGCUGAUUCCAGACUAGAUUUGAAUCUGUACUGGGUCCAGUGUUGGAUGGGUCUAGUCGUAUCCAAGCUGAGGAAAGGUUUCCCAGCCUCUACUUCCUCUUUUUCUUURAACAUUGCCCCGAAAAUGACUCGGGUAACGUCAGAAUCUACCUCUGCAGGCGAGGACGUACGAGAGGCCAGGAGUCGGCAGAGCUUUGGAGUGCUUUAUUUUUACUUAAAAAAAAAGAGCCUACAACCCCCCCUUUUUUUGAUUGUACAGUGUUCUUCUAGUUCCAUCUUACUUUUCAAUAAACAUUUUUUAGGAUUU